CCGAUUGACCAUUAGAUAUCCGAAUAGCGCGCGUGCGCUCUCAAGAGACGAGAUACAUCCUCAUAUGGGAUAUUGAGAGGAUUCUCUGGAAGGCUCACCCAUCACUCUCCGUUCAACACGACAAUUGCUAUCCCGCCGUCGACCGAAGCCCUAGCCGUCACGCAACCAGUCGCCCGCCAUGUUCUUUCUCUACAAUAUGGAGCGCAGGGUCACCCUGCAUCCAUCCUACUUCGGCCGCAACAUGCACGAUCUCGUCACUAGCAAGCUGCUAAAAGACGUCGAAGGCACCUGCGCCGGCAGCUACUACAUCAUCUCCAUCAUGGACACGUUUGACAUUUCCGAGGGUCGCAUCUUGCCAGGCAACGGUCUCGCAGAGUUUACGGUUGGAUACCGCGCCGUGGUGUGGCGGCCAUUUAAAGGAGAGACGGUUGAUGCCGUUGUCUACUCCAUCAAUCCACAGGGUUUCUUCGCCCAGGCUGGUCCCCUCAGACUCUUUGUGUCUGCUCAUCUGAUACCGAGCGACAUCAAAUGGGACCCCAACGCGACACCCCCUCAGUUUACUAACAACGAAGACACCGUCAUCGAGCCGGGCACGCAUGUGCGCGUCAAGAUUAUCGGAACGCGAACAGAGGUCGGCGAGAUGUGGGCCAUUGGAAGCAUCAAGGAGGAUUACCUAGGAUGUCUCCAGGAUUAAUGGGUUAUAAACAUUCAUUUAUCCCUCGGGCCUCGGAACGAUUGAGCACAGGAACGAACGCCUCUACGCUCCCAUAUGGUCUGAGCAGCAAAGGCCGAGGAGUUAGA